UGCGUUCGCUGAGCAAACCCAAGGGAGGCAGUAUUGGAUACUCGCACAGACACAGACACAAUGGUGAAGGGGACGUGGCCAACAUGUGCCAAGUACACGCUCAUUUUCUUCAACUUUCUGUUUCUGGUGACUGGUAUGGCAGGCGUUGUGAUUGGUAUUCUGAUCCUUGUUGACAAGCCGUUGCUGAACAAUUUUGCAAACAUAGACUCUGGUGGAACAGGGGUGAUGACGAGUGGAGCUUAUGCUAUACUAGUCGGGAGCAGCAUCAUAGUUCUGUUCGCCAUCUUUGGUUGCUGUGGGGCGUGCAGGGAGAGCAAGUGCCUUCUUGGAGUGUAUAUCGGUCUGCUGUCUCUCAUCUUGAUUGUGCAAAUUGCAGCGGGAGCUCUGGCCGCUAACUUCAGAACACAGGCGGAUAAGGAAGUGAAGGGCUGGCUAUUGGAGCAGGUCAAAACUCAGUACGACGGCCGGGGGGAUACCAAUUUACAGUUUGGGAAGUCGCUUGAUUUCGCGAUGAUCGAGUUUGACUGUUGUGGAAUAAGCAACUACAGCGAUUUUAAAAUCAUGGCUGAGAAGUGGACCGAGCGCGUCUCGAGAAUCAUCCCCAUUGCCUGCUGCAAGCUGGACAAGCAGAAGUUCUACGCUAUCAACGUGUUCGUCGUGAACGAUCUCACCUGCACCACCGCGCCAACCUAUAAGAACUCUAAUAUUGCAAGGCCUUGUUACGACACGAUUCGAGAUCACUUACUGACGCAAGCCAUGUACAUCAUUAUCAUCGCUUUUAUAAUUGUGGCUUUAGAGAUCCUGGGGAUCGUAUUCGCGUGCUUCCUGAUCCGGACAAUACGGGAUGACAAGGUCUGAGGGAUACAUGCGUACCCAUCUAGUUCCUGUUGAUAUCAUCAAAAUAUAUUUGCCUUCAACGUAUUGUGUAAUUAGUUAAAACACCGACUCUUCGCUAUAGACGGUUUCCUGUUUGGAUCAAUCUGCUUAACUAUAUAAUAAUUAUCGACCAAAAACUAUUUCAGAAGAUAUUUUUAGAUGUAUAGGUUUACAAUUACGUCUAGUAAUGUGUUGAAAGAUACGCGGUUCUUCCUUCAUUGCAAGAAAACACUCAACUUAUAUAUACGUUUCGGUUUCCAUACAAAAACAGCCACCCAAAUUCUAUUUGUGCUGAGGGGGCACGGGUGGCCCAGUCGUCUAAGGCGCCGCGAUUUGCUGUGCAGAGUUGCGUCCCUUGGGUACGCCAGAAACCUAUGAUUGUGGGUGUAAUCCCGGUUCG